AUGAGUCUUGAGGUUCUUCAGCGGGCACAGAUGGUUGACCUGCAACUCUACACUGGUCAAAGAGGUGAGAUCCCCUGCAACAUCUGUGAGGAAAGCCGGCCUUUCAGAGCUGUGAAGUCCUGCUUGACCUGUUUACUUUCAUACUGUGAGGGUCAUCUGAGGCCGCAUCAGUUUUUGAAGAGGCUGAGGGGUCAUAAACUGGUAAAACCAGUGGAGAGAUGGGAUGAAAGAUUGUGCAGUGUCCACGGCAGACCCCUGGAUCUCUACUCUACCCGAGACGAACGCUGCAUCUGUGCCUUAUGUGUGACACCUGGUCUAGAUUUCAUACCUGUGGAGAGAGAGAGACGGAGGAGAGAGCAAAAUACUAUUGAAAGUUUGGAAACCAUAAUCAGUCAGAGAGAAAACCAACUUGAGGAUUUUCAGAACAUAGUGACAAAACAUCAGGCUGAGAUAAACAGAGAGCAGACAAAGAUGAGGGAGGUGUUUGCUGCAGUGAUGGAUGCUGUGAGGAGAGCUGAGCAGGAGCUGCUUGCUCCUCUAGAGGAUAGAAGAAGGAGUCUGGAGAGAGAGAUGGAAGAGAAGACACAGAAGAUUCAGGAGGACCUCGAAGAGUAUAAAGAAACCAUUAACCAUCUGAAUCAAACUCAGAAUGAAGAAGACGACAUCCUCUUUCUCCAGUCGUAUCCAUCUGUGCCUGCUGAAUUCAGAGAUGAUCUGGGAGUUUCUAUUGAAACUCAACUAAACUUUGGCUCCAUGAGAAAUAUAACCACAUCUGUUUUGACUUCUAAAAGGAGUCAGCUGGAGAAUCUUCAAAAUUACAAUUACAGAAUUUUCAGAUUCUUUUCUUCAGUGGAUGUCACUCUGGAUGAAGAAACCGCACAUCCAGCUUUGCAAGUGUCUCAAGAUGGCAAAUCUGUAAGAGUCAAUGGAAAUGUUCAAAACAGUCCCAGAAGCCCCAUGCAAUCUGACCUGGUGGCUGGCAUACUGGGAAAUCUUCAGAUCACGUCUGGAAAAGCCUUCUGGGUAGUGGAGGUGGGACAGAGAACGGCCUGGAAACUGGGCGUAGUAAGAGAAAAUGCAAACAGGAGAGGAAUGGUCUCCUACAAACCCAGUGAAGGUUAUUGGGUCAUUGUGUUCUGUGGUCCAAACACAUAUGGAGCUUAUGAAGAAAAUCCUGUUCAGCUGCAUCUCUCCACCAAACCUCAGAAGGUGGGAGUGUUUGUCGACUAUCAGAACGAUCUCAUCUCAUUCUACAAUAUGGACAAUCUGUCACUUAUUUACACAUUCACUCACUGUAGAUUCAAUGAAACGAUACGUCCGUAUUUUAAUCCUCAGGUCAACACAAAUUUCAAUCAUUCAGAUCCAAUGAUCAUUUCUUCUAUUAAUCCAACUGAUAUUCAUAUGUGA